UCGAGGGAGUUUCUCUGGUACCACGAUGGCCGAAGACUCCAAGAAGACCAAGAUCCCGACCAGAGAUCUCAUCCUGAAGGCCGUGUCCGCCUGCACGGACCGGAAAGGUCUGUCUUUCUGCGCCCUGAGGAAGGCGCUGGCCGCGGAAGGAUACGACACGGAGACGUACAACGCCGUCCACCUGAAACGCUCCGUGAAGAGUUUACUGGAGAAAGGUCAGCUGGUGCAGGUGGCCGGACGCGGGGUGUCCGGGUCCUUUAAGGCCGCAGAUAAAAUCAAGAAGAAAGUGAAGAAAGAGGCCGAUAAUACGAAACAACCGGCCGCCACGACGAGACCGCAGACAGCGAAGACACAGCCGGUGAAGGAAGAGUCCGAAGACAGCGACUGAAAGGCCUAAAAAGUAAACCCUCCAAGUUUGCUAAAGGCUCUUUUAAGAGCCGCCCAAAUGUCAAACAUAGGAGCUGAUUUCCAGUCUUAUGUCACAUUACUUACAACAUUAUAAUUUAAUUUCCUUCUGUGCAUGGGGAUUCCGGCCCAGCCAGGGGGCGAUCGACCCCCGAGUUGGUACCCUGAUUCACGGAUCCACAUCCAGGCCUCUUCAGCAUCCUCCAGUUCUUUGUUGUCUUGCUAUCCCUUUUUUUGCUCAAAUCUGAGCUUUUCAAUAAUAAUAUAUUUGCUUUUGAAAAGUGCUGUUUAAAUAAAGUCACAAAGUACCUUUUUAUGGCCAGAACCAGGAUUAA